UUUGAGACGCGGCCAGAGACUCGCCGAAACUCUCUCACUCUCUCUCUACAACGGCUGAGUGAAAGUUGGAAAUCCCGCUGGUCAUAUCGUAUCUUGUUGUUACGGGAAAAGCCUGUUUAAAUCCCCCAGCACGGAGUUUAUUCAUCACUGUUGUCUCGAUAUUUUGUCGUUUUUUUAAUAACCCAGGACCGUUGAGGGAUUUGACGCGGAAGUUCUGGACAGUUUGAGCAGUCGGCGUGAGGAAUGCUGUCCUGAGACCAGCUUUACGCCAGAAACGGCUUUGUACAGACAUGCCCAGACACAAUAUGGAUACACAGAGGAGCCAAUGGGAGCCUGUCCGAAAAUCCCCGUGGAUCAUGCGAGUGGCUGUGGAGCAAAGCCCCGCCUCUUCAGGGGCGGAGUCAGACACAGAGGGCAGCAGCACAGAGAGCGAACAGUAUCGGGUCAUACGAGCAGACGGAGACUCAGCGAAGCUCUUGACGUCACCCUCGCUGGUGCAGCAGCGCAUCACAGAGCUCGACCAGCAGAGGGAGGAGCUGAAGAUUGAGCUGCAGCUGGAGGUGGCUCUGCUGAGAGGGGAACUGCAGGCAGAGCAGGAGCGACUGCGCAGACACACAGAUCACCUGCAGGUGUUGCAAGAGAAGGACAGCCAAAGAAAGAGCCAGCGCUUGGCCAACAGACAGAAGGAUCGUGUUCAGCUGGAGGAGCAGCGUGUGAAGGUGGAGGAGAUGAAGAUGAAGUGUGAGGAAAUGGAGAAACAGAUUCCCUCACAGCCAGAAGACCAGCGGGAGCAAAUGCUGCUUCAGCUGCAAAAGGACAAGGAUGCGCUGGAAGCCACAGUGCGAGCUUUUGAAGACAUGGAGUUUCACAUUCUUGAGCUGGAAAGCGGAGUAGAAGAUGAGCGAGAAGGAGAUAAUGGAGAAAGUGAAACGGUCAUAGAGCGAGAGAUAACCAGAGUACAGCACAUGCACAACACAUCUCAGGAACGAGUCCAGCAACUAGAAAAACAGCUCAAGGAAAUGGAACAAGAAAAGGAUAAAGCUUUGAAUUCCCUCAGGCAAGAGAGAACAGAGCUGCGCCACAGGUCUCAUAAGAUUUUGAAAGAGAAGAAGCCUCUCACUGAUUGGUCCAACAUCACUGGAUCCACCCCCUGCAUGAUGUCACUCAGCCCUCUGACCAUUCACAAAGCAGCACAGGAAUCAUUGAAGGAUACGACCAGCUUACCCCGCAGACGGAGCUCGCAUAGGAAAGUCUCAGAUAGACCUCUCUCCGCGCAAGUGUCGGUGCGAAUGACUCCAGACAGACCAUCCUCAGAGGCUCUGUCGCCUCGCCUUGCUCAUCACACCCACAGACUGAGUAAUGGACAUUAUAAUGGGCUGAGAUCAGCGCAGACCGAUGGGAACGGCUCUCACGCGCCAUGCAACAGCGCCAACACCUCCCGCGCGCCCAGCCCUCAGAACCUCUUGGAUUUGGUGGAGAUCGAACGGAAACUCAGAGAGGCCAAAGCAGAGCGGGAACGUCUGUUGAAAGAGAGAGAGGAGCGUCAGCGGCUGUUAGCUGAGCAACACAGACAGAAGGAGCGGCAAUCUUUCAAAACACACACGGAUACAUCAAAACUAGAGCCACUUGCUGAGGAGCGGCUGCAAAUGAACUCACCGCACAGGACGCCCGAGCUGGGUGUCCCGCUUUCUCUGACGGCGAACUUUGACCUGCGCGCUCACGUGGAGUCUCUGGGUCAUAACGUGACCGGGUGUAUGGGAGUUAAUCUGUCUCCCCGGCGGUGUGGCGGCUUUCUAACCAAGCGCGGAGGUCGAGUGAAGACGUGGAGGAGGAGGUGGUUUAUCUUUGAUCUGGACCACCAGAGACUGGCAUACUACACCGAACUAGAUGAGAAGAAACUCAAAGGGGUCAUUUACUUUCAGGCCAUCGAGGAGGUUUAUUACGAUCAUCUACGAACAGCUACAUCAUCUCCACGGCCCAGUCUCACCUUCUGUGUGAAAACAUACGAGCGUCUGUUUUUCCUCGUGGCUCACAGCGCCGAAGCCAUGAGAAUCUGGAUGGAUGUUAUUGUGACUGCGACAGAUGAACACAGCAGAUACUGAUGAACACUAGAAAUGAUGCUGAAGCCUGCAGAUGAGAUCGCUCAGGGACUUUAAGGGAUGCCACAACACAAGAUGAAUAUGAAUGUUAGCGGAGCAGAGGACUUUGGUGUACGAACACUCAUAAACAGACGAUCCGUGCUGAAAUUGACCUUCAGUGGGUUUGUGUUCUUCUGCCAUCUGCUGUUACACGAACAGAGCACAUCACACACCGCACUCAUGUGUUAUGUUUCUUACAUAUUAUUUAUUAUUGUUACAUAUCAAUAUUUGUCAUGUUUUGCUAUUGAAAGUUUGGGGUAAAAAUCCGGCAAAGUGUUAAUAAACAUUUACAUUCCAAACAA